AAAUAAAAAUACAAUUACAAAUGUCAAAGCAAGGUUAUGUUGAUAAAAGGUGUUCGAGUUGUUUUGCGGGUGCUAGAAGAAAACAAAUUUGGGAAUCUCAGUUCUUUCUGUAAGUUAAACACCAAGAUGUCCAAAACGGCACUAGUAUUUUUGGCUCCAGGAGCUGAAGAGAUGGAACUGGUAAUAUCCAUUGAUGUGCUACGUAGAGGAGGGUUUGAUGUCUCUGUAGCGGGUAUAUGUGAUGCCUCUCCAAUUGUCAAGUGCAGUAGAGGCGUCAGUGUUAAACCAGACAUACUACUAUCAGAUGCUAAAGGUCCUUAUGAUAUCUUAGUGUUGCCGGGUGGGCUCGGAGGUGCUCAGUCCAUGGCGAGGUGUAAAGCUGUAGGAGAGAUGCUCAAACAGCAGGAAAACGAAAGUAGAUGGAUUGCAGCUAUCUGUGCAGCUCCCACUGUACUAAAGGCUCAUGGAGUAGGAUUGGGGAAAAGUUUGACAUCUUACCCGUCUAUGAAAGACCAGUUAAAAGACGACUAUAAAUACCAAGAAGAUAAAGUGGUGGUCGAUGGGAAGCUCAUAACUAGCAGAGGACCAGGGACUGCUUAUGACUUUGCCCUCACGAUUAUUGACAAGCUGAUAGGUAAAGAGAAGGCUUCCGAAGUUGCAAAUGCAAUGCUUCUAACAUACUAAAAUUAAGUGCUUUUGAAAGACAUCUUGUUAUUCUUUAUCGAUGCUUUAUUUACAACUUGAAUAUGUUGAAAUGUUAAAUCUUUUUAGUUAGUAGCUAACAUUUGGCUGAAAUAUAUGGACUGUAAUAUACAUUUUCUGAUCA